GGCAGGCGGCGGGGCGGGCGCAGGAUGAGGGCGGCCAUUGCUGGGGCUCCGCCGCGGGGAGGAGGACGCUGAGGAGGCGCCGAGCAGCGCAACGCUGCGGGGGAGGCGCCCGCGCCGACGCGGGGCUCAUGGCCAGGACCACCAGCCAGCUGUAUGACGCUGUUCCCAUUCAGUCCAGUGUGGUGCUAUGUUCCUGCCCGUCCCCACCAAUGGUGAGGUCCCAGACUGAGUCCAGCUCGGCCCCUGGCAUUCCUAGUGGCGUUAGCAGGCAGGGAGCCACCAUGGACGGCACUACAGCCGAAGCCCGACCAAGCACCAACCCCUUGCAGCAGCAUCCUGCCCAGCUGCCACCACAACCUCGCAAGAAACGGCCUGAAGACUUCAAGUUUGGGAAAAUUCUUGGCGAGGGCUCUUUUUCUACAGUUGUUCUGGCCCGAGAACUGGCUACUUCCAGAGAAUAUGCUAUUAAAAUUCUGGAGAAACGUCAUAUUAUAAAAGAGAACAAAGUCCCGUAUGUAACUAGAGAGAGAGAUGUGAUGUCACGCCUGGAUCACCCCUUCUUUGUGAAACUUUACUUUACAUUUCAGGACGACGAAAAGCUGUAUUUUGGCCUUAGUUAUGCCAAAAACGGAGAGCUACUUAAAUACAUCCGCAAAAUCGGUUCAUUCGAUGAGACCUGUACCCGGUUUUACACGGCUGAGAUUGUGUCUGCUUUAGAGUACUUGCAUGGCAAGGGCAUCAUUCACAGAGACUUGAAGCCAGAAAACAUCCUGUUAAAUGAAGACAUGCACAUCCAGAUCACAGAUUUUGGAACAGCAAAAGUGUUGUCCCCAGACAGCAAACAAGCCAGGGCCAACUCAUUUGUAGGAACAGCACAGUAUGUUUCUCCAGAGCUGCUCACAGAGAAGUCGGCGUGUAAGAGUUCAGACCUUUGGGCUCUUGGAUGUAUAAUCUAUCAGCUUGUGGCAGGACUCCCACCGUUCAGAGCCGGAAACGAAUAUCUUAUAUUUCAGAAGAUCAUUAAGCUGGAAUAUGAUUUCCCAGAGAAAUUCUUCCCUAAAGCAAGGGAUCUUGUGGAAAAACUCUUGGUUUUAGACGCCACAAAGCGUUUAGGCUGUGAAGAGAUGGAAGGGUACGGGCCUCUCAAAGCUCAUCCGUUCUUUGAAUCCAUCAUGUGGGAGAAUCUGCACCAGCAGACACCUCCGAAGCUCACAGCUUACUUGCCAGCCAUGUCAGAGGAUGAUGAAGACUGCUAUGGCAACUACGACAAUCUCCUGAGCCAAUUUGGCUGCAUGCAGGUGUCAUCCUCCUCCUCUUCCCACUCCCUGUCUGCGGUGGAUGCCAGCCUGCCCCAGAGGUCGGGCAGCAACAUAGAGCAGUACAUCCAUGAUUUGGACACUAACUCUUUUGAACUAGACUUACAGUUUUCAGAAGAUGAAAAAAGGUUGUUACUGGAAAAGCAAGCCGGUGGAAACCCUUGGCACCAGUUUGUAGAAAAUAAUCUAAUAUUAAAAAUGGGCCCAGUGGAUAAGCGAAAGGGUUUAUUUGCAAGGCGACGACAAUUAUUACUCACAGAAGGGCCACAUUUAUAUUAUGUUGAUCCUGUCAACAAAGUCUUGAAAGGUGAAAUUCCAUGGUCUCAAGAACUCCGACCAGAGGCCAAGAAUUUUAAAACUUUUUUUGUCCACACGCCUAACAGAACAUAUUACCUGAUGGAUCCAAGCGGGAAUGCUCACAAGUGGUGCAGAAAGAUCCAGGAGGUUUGGAGGCAGCGGUACCAGAGCCAUCCAGAUGCUGCUGUGCAGUGACGUGGCCUGCGGCCGGGCUGCCUAUCGCUGCCAGGACACCUGCCCCAGCGCGGCUCGGCCGCCACCCAGGACGCUUCCAGACCACCUGCCAGCCAUCUCAAGGAGAACAUAGAUGGCAGAAACCUUGCAGCUUUUUUAUUUAAAAGAAAAGAAGAAAAAAAGAGCCCAACCACACAAAGAACAAAAGAAAUAACCAACAAACAGGAAUUCAGGGUCGCUUUGCUUGUUCUCUGUGCUCUGUGGUGGCUUCCAUGCGCUGCUGUGGCCAUGGAGACCCACCCAGCUCCUUGCACGGUAGCCCAGCUUCUGCCCAGACCAGUGGCCAGAUUUGGCAUCACCAGCCCCUCCUAGCAUCCACAGGAACCGCAUGCCUGCUUCUGUCCUUCCCCACCUGGUAAACACAGCUCCUGCUGUGACUGAGGGACCAGGUGUAUCUGGCUCUUUCUGCCUACCCCAUUUGUUGCAGAAUCCAUCACUGGGAGCCUCUUCACUCCUCUGUUAGAGUGGUCACCAACUUACUGUGGGUAUAGGGCUCCUAGCUUGUGUGUAUGUCCU